AUGCCCAACGAAUCUCACCCUUACAAUCCACCAUUGUUAGCCGCACAUCAGCCUCCGCGAGAGGACCUGUAUCGUCCUCCGUCGGAAGCGCCAAGGUCGGCACGCUUGCCAGACUCACCAGCCGCGGAACGGAGCUCUUCACCUCCUCAAAACGAGGACAAGAGCCAGACUUGCGCAAGUACAAAGGAUGAAGCCUCGACGGGGAGCAGUUCGCCUCUUGCGCCCGUCGCGGACUCUUCACCUUCCACCACCGCCUGCAAACCCGGCAUGGUCACCCAAGGCACUUCCGCCAUGGCCAAGCUGCAGGCCAACCUCCUCCAUUUCCUCCUCGUCAUCCUCCCGCUCUCGCUAGUGGUAGGCGUCAUCACAGCCGACAUGUCCAACCUAGACUUUGUCCGUCUCGUCCAUCUCCGCCUGUCUGUGCCGACCGACGUCAAGACCCUCCAUUCGGACCACUUCCUCAAGCACGACCACCACGUGCGAUGGGUGCUUCUGGAAUCGGCGUACUACCUCCCUCUCGCGUUGUUGGCCGGACCGGCGCUGAUCCUCCAGUUCGUGCUGCUAGUGGGACGAGUGCGGUCGAACUGGCUGGUGGAAGGAUUGAUCCUGGCGCUGAUGCUGAUCGUGGCGGUGGUAGGACUCAUGACGCUGCUCGAGGCGUUUGUGGGGACAAGCAUUGUGGGGGUGGUGUUGACCCAGGUGGGGGCGGCGGUGGUGACGGCUAGUGCGCUGGGAGUGGUUGUGCAGGCGGUGGAGUUGAUGCCGUCUGGUGAAGAGGGAGUCCUGGGCUUCUCCACCAACACCUUUGCAGCCGUAUACGGGCUGGGUACGCUGUUCGCUUCGACCUCGGAUCUCGCAGGAUAUCAGCUGGCCCACAUGCUGCAGAGACACAACAUCACCUUUGCUGGCGCGGGGCAUGGAGAGGGUCACGGCUGGAGAGGCAUCUUUGUGCUCGAGGGUUUGUUCUUUCUUGCGCUCUACCCGGUGAUCGGGAUUCUGCUCUGGCUUGCACAUCGACGAAGAAGUCGUAGCGACGCUUGUGCUGCUACUCCAGCGUCGCAAACCGACGCAGUCGAGGCGGGAUUUACGAACGAGUCAAUGUCAGAGGUCGAUUCGAAGAGAUCAUCGGACAACGCUGCCCAGACUAGCACCAGCCAACCGGCAUCCGAUCCUGAUGCGAUCCAAGUCAACGCUGCUACAGCAUCCUCUCGCGGACAGUCUGCAGACGACCAGCUUCCUCUAUCAAACAUGCCGGUGCUCAAACACGACAGUCCCGCACAAGACCCGGUCGCCUUCCCUGCACCCGCCACCCUACCGUGGCACAGCAGAUUCGGCCAGUGGAUGGACGACCUCUUCCGUCGCAUCACCAUCUUGAUCUUCAGCGGCAUGGGCGUGGACAAUGCGGCGUUCGACCUGAUCAGCGCAGGCAUGUCGUCGCGCGAGACGUUCAUCUGUGGUGUGCUCGUCGUGUCCAACACGGUCAUUCUUCAGCUUGCGGUUGUGUCGCUGAUUGCGCCGCUCAGGUCGGCGCACGAACCGGACUGGGUGGAUCUGGUUCGUGUGCCUGCGCUGCCGGGGUUGCCGAUGCUUGUGGGUGGAGUUGGAGGGUUUGUCUCGUGUGUGGGUUGGUGUUGGUUGGCGACCCGGGGGCCGAGGGGGUGGAGGGAGAAGGCGUGGUACGUGCCAGCCUUGCUCACGACUUGCCUGGUCGUCACGCUCAUAGGUCUGGGAUUGGCAGUUCUCGCCAACUCUGCUGUGCCUGACGGUACGUGUGGGGUGUGGGUCAUGUACGCAGCCACCAUCGUCGCUGAUGCAGGUAGCACACCGCAACUCCCCCUCGCCCUCCUCCAGAUCUACACUGUACUCGACGCCGAACUUGGCCGCACCGGUACAGUGAACGUGGAGACUCGCGCAAGCAUCGCAGCCCGAAGCACCAUCCCUUCGGUCAGAGCCGUCAAGUGGGAUCGUAUCGGCGUCAUGAUCUCGAUCCUCGCCGCAACGAACAGCUCGGAACUCGUCACGGAAUGGGUGUUUCUGCUGCCCGAUGGGGUGCAGGACGUGUUCCUGUUCAUCAGCGCCGCGCUGGCGAUAGGCGGAUGCGUGUGGCUGAUGCUCAGACACACGGUGGGGCUGCGACGUCAGAAGAGAGCGGCGGAGUCGGCUGCCUGA